UGGAUCUAAAAAUCCUCCUGACCUUGUGGAAUUGUCUCUUUAUAGAAACUUUAUAGAGUUACUUUUUCCUGCAGCAGCUGAAUAAGUUCCGCGUGUAUAGAGGCGCAUGUUGACAUCUGUCUCUGUCUGACGCACUGAAUUCACUCCAUUUAUCUGCCUCGUGUACAGCAGCGGUGGGCGUAACCAGCAUGCAACUGAUUACUAGACAAACCACCAAUAUAGCACCGCGCAUAUAUGCUCCUGUGCGACUGUUAUUAACUCAUAAGACCGCGCCUCUGGAGUGAUUCUGUCAUUGGAGAUUACAAACCUGGAAUGAUGGACAUAAUGGACGAGGAGCAGACGGAGAACGGACUGGACUCCGAUGAUGAUCUUCGAUCCGAGGAGAUACCCGAGUACCUGAAAGACAGGAGAAGAGCCAAGUCCUUACCUGCGUAUCCAGAGCAGGUGAAUCUGUACCACCAGAUCUCCCAGAACUGCACGAAACGCGUGAAGUUCGCGGACGCGCUCGGCUUGAAUCUGGCGAGCGUCAAGCACUUCAGCACCAGCGACGAUCCUCAGAUUCCAGCCAAAGUCUUCACCAGGCUGAAGAGCUUCCCUCUCCACAAGGACCGGGAGUUCAUGGAUGACUUGUGCGUGAACAUCAAGCCCUCUCUGGCUCUGGACUAUCUGGUCCCGGCGUUCAAGACGCCCGUGGACACCGGUGACUUGGAGACGCGGCUGACGCGCUGCCGCGUCGCGCUGGAAAGCGUCACGGUCACGCAGUUAGAUAUCCGUGGGAUCAUACGGGCGAUGGGUGGGAGAGAGGUUGGGGUCAGGUAUACUUUCAACGACUGGCUGUCGUUCGUGGACGUGCAAGCCAACCCCGUGCCCACAGAGUACAAGACGCGCGGAGAGCGCUUCUCCUUCACCAUGUACACGCCUCCUUUCUUAGGUCCGAGCGCUGCUGUGCAUUUCGCCGUGUACAUGAGGGAUGAUAACUCUGAGUUCUGGGACAACAACGAUGGGAUGAACUAUUCCCUGAAGUAGCCUACCACAGCUCGUCAUCCAGCCAGACGCGAUAUGAAGUGAUGCGCUUUUACGCAAGGAUUCAUUACGCGUUUCACCGCGCACUGUUACCUGCUCUCAGAGAGGUUAUAUACAGUGGACUGACAUGUCCUAGUAUUAAAAUCUGCUUUAAAGAAAUAGUUUACCAAAAAUGAAAAUUCCUUCAUCAUUUAGUCACCCUCAUGUUGUUCCAAACUCGUUUGAUGGUGUUUCUUUCGUGGAAAGAUAUUUUGCAGAAUGUCCAAGCUGCUCAUAGAAAGUGGAUGAGGGCUGUUGAGCCCCAAAAACACCAGAAAAGUGCCAUAAAUGUGGUCCAUAUGUCCCGUGUGUUAUGUUCUAAAAUUCUAAUGUCACAUACUUUUGUGUAAGAAACAAACUUAUAUUUAAGUUAUCAUUUGCUAAAACUCGUCUUCUGCAGUCAUGCCACAUUUUAAUUGAAGCUUGUUUCUGUCAUGGUGGUGGAAAAAAAAGGUAAUUACGUCUUU